AUGUCUGAGAAAGAAAAUCCUCUUGUUGGUAUUGCUAGCAUUACUAGUGACCAUAACACGAGAGACCCUGAGACUUUCGAAAUCGACGUGGAUGCUGCCAACAGACAACAUGUUGGGUUGAGAGAUUCCUUGGGAGAGCUUACUGUGGACCAGAAGUUCUAUAUCCUUAAGAGAAUUGAACAGGAGAAUCUUGAGGACCUUGAUGAUUUACCUCCCAGUGCAGUGUUCAUGAUUGACAAGGUUGCCCAUCUUGAUAUUAACGAAGCCUCAGUUGUGCUUCAGAAGUUCUUGGAGGAUCAUAAAGAUGAUGUUAACAUCAGUAUUGAGUACUAUGACUUUAUUGAGCUGCUUGCUCAGUACCAGUCCUCUGAGGUGUCUUACGAAUCGUCUGAAAAAGCUGGCUCCUUAUCAUCUGGGAAAGCCAGGAACGAUCUGAGUUCUAAUGAAAAGGAAGAUGCAAUUGUUCAUGAGCUUUCUGUUGAAUCCGAUGAGCCUGCCAAGUGGAACACUAUCUUUGAUUGGGAUUUACAGGCUAGAACUGAAGCUGGUUUGAUUGCUUUCUGGUCACCUUACCCAGAAGUUAGGGCCGUCACUGAUCCUUUUGAUGAUCCAGAAACACCUUGUGAGACAGUCAGAGUUUACUUUCUUGGAUUACUUUGGGUUAUUAUUGGAACUUUUAUUAACCAGUACUUCACCGAGAGGCAGCCUGGUAUUGGUUUGGGUUCAAGUGUGGUGCAACUUUUUGUCUAUCCAUUGGGUACGCUUCUUUCUAAGAUUCUUCCUGCUAAGAAGUUUAAGGUUUGGAGAUGGACUCUUGAUCUUAACCCUGGCCCUUGGAGUCAUAAAGAGCAGAUGUUGACCACCUUGUUUUACAGUGUCAGUGGUGGAGGUGUCUAUGCCUCGUACUUCAUUGUGACCCAGAAAUUAGAAAUGUUCUACAACAACCCUGACUUCGAUUUUGGUGGUCAGAUUCUUCUUGUCUUUGCUUCCAACUUUUUGGGUUUUGGAUUGGCGGGAAUUUUCCGUAAGUUCGUCAUUUACCCUGUCACAGCAGUUUGGCCAACCAUUCUUCCUACACUUGCAGUUAACAAAGCCUUGACUAAACCAGAAAAGAAGGAGAACAUCAACGGUUGGAAGAUUUCCAGAUACUAUUUCUUCUUCAUUGUCUUUGGUAUUUCCUUUGUGUACUUCUGGAUUCCAAAUGUCCUUUUCAAUGCUCUCACGUACUUCAAUUGGAUCUCUUGGGCUGCGCCAGAAAACUUCAAUGUGGCAACCAUCACGGGAUCAUUCACAGGACUUGGACUUAACCCAAUCACUUCGUUUGACUUCAACUUGAUUGGUACUAGUGGAUUUGCUGUUCCUUUCUUCGCACAAUUGAAUCUGUACUUGGGAACCGUUUCUGCGCUUUUCAUCAUUGCAGGUCUUUGGUGGACAAACUACAAAUGGACCGCCUACUUGCCAAUUAACACAAACCGUAUCUUUUCCAACACAGGUAAGCCAUACUCAGUUACAGCUAUUUUGGGAGAGAACAAGCAACUCGACCAACAGAAAUAUGAGCUUUUGGGUCCACCAUUCUACACUGCUGCAGAUCUCGUUGUCUAUGGAACUUUCCUUGCUUUGUAUCCAUUGAACUUCUUUUACGUGCUUUUGACUGACUGGAAGAAAAUUAAGGAUGCUCUUGUUGGUUUAGGAAGAUCCUUCAACUUCAAAAAGAGAAGUUCCACUUACGAUGGUUUCGAAGAUCCCUUCAGUACCUCGAUGAAGAGAUACCCUGAAGUUCCAGAAUGGUGGUUUACUAUCAUUUUAGUCAUUUGUGUGGUUCUUGCUAUUAUUAACGUUCAGGUUUAUGAUUUGCAGACCCCAGUUUGGACUAUCUUUUUCGCUCUUGGAUUGAACUUUGUCUUCUUGCUUCCAUUUCUCAUUGUUUAUGCUUCAACAGGAAGCAGUUUGUCCAUUAAUGUUUUGCUCGAGAUGAUUAUUGGCUACGCCUUGCCAGGUAACGGUAUUGCUUUGAACUUUGUCAAGACCUUGGGUACCAACAUUGAUGUUCAAGCCGAGAAUUAUAUCACCAACCAAAAGCAAGCACACUACUGGAGAAUUGCUCCAAGAGCACUUUUCAGAGUUCAAAUACUUUCCGUUCUCGUCCACAGUUUAGUUGCCACAGGUACUGUCAACCUUGUGUUGAAUACCGUGGAGGACUUGUGUACUCCAUUACAGCCACAAAGAUUCACCUGUCCAGGCUCCACUACUAUCUACUCAGCCUCUGUUAUCUGGGGUGUCAUUGGUCCAAAGAAGGUUUUCGGUGGACUUUACCCUAUCUUCCAGUGGUGUUUCUUGAUCGGUUUCCUUUUGGUUAUCCCAUGUUGGGCCCUUAAGAAGUACUACGGAAGAACUCUCAUUGGCAAGUACUUCCAUCCAAUUGUCUUCAGUGUUGGUAUGAUGGGCUACGCUCCUUACAACUUGUCUUAUGCUACGCCAUCUAUUUACGUUGGUUUUGCUUCCAUGUACUGGGUUAGAAAGAGAUAUACUGCCUGGUGGGAGAAGUAUAACUAUAUCCUUGCCAGUGGUAUUGGAGGAGGUAUUGCUUUCAGUGCCAUCAUUAUCUUUUUCGCUGUCCACUACCAUGGCUAUUCCAUCUCGUGGUGGGGUAACGAUGUGAACUCUACCGUGCUCGAUUACUAUUCUCCUAGGAGACUUAAUGCUACAGUCGACGCUCCAGACGGAUACUUUGGCCCUAGGAGAGGUAACUUCCCUUGA